AAGGAGGAAGCUGGAUUGUUGGUGCAGAAAGUCCCCACUGGGGAGGUGGGGGCAGAGUGUUUGGGUAGCCUUGACAGUGAGUGCCCAGUGAGAAGUGCAGUGCCCGGGUGCAGCACUUUGCAUCACUCGGAUUUUGAGUCAGAAGCAGAAAGCUUUGAAGCUGGCCAGUGAGGAACCUGUCCUAAUGAUCUUGAUGUGAAGAGGAGGCUGCCGUGAAGGGGAUGCAGCUUCUGCUGGCCACUGGGAGCUUGUGAACCACUAGGUUUGGGUCUGUUUUGGGGCACUCAGGUAACGCUGGCAUUUCCAAACCAGCUUUCCCUUUUGCUUCAGGAUAUACCUUACCCAAGCCUGCACUAUGGAGAAGUGGGACGGUAAUGAGGGCACCUCGGCUUUUCACAUGCCUGAGUGGAUGCAGAUCCAAUUUGCUGACCAGAAGCAAGAAUUCAACAAACGUCCCACCAAAAUCGGACGUCGUUCUCUGUCUCGUUCCAUCUCUCAGUCAUCUACUGACAGCUAUAGCUCAGCGGCUUCAUAUACAGAUAGCUCUGAUGAUGAGACAUCCCCCAGGGACAAGCAGCAAAAGAACUCCAAGGGCAGCAGUGACUUCUGUGUCAAGAACAUCAAACAGGCAGAGUUUGGACGAAGAGAGAUUGAAAUUGCUGAGCAAGAAAUGCCUGCACUGAUGGCUUUGAGGAAGAGAGCGCAAGGAGAAAAGCCGCUGGCUGGAGCCAAGAUCGUGGGCUGCACACACAUCACUGCUCAGACUGCUGUGCUGAUGGAGACACUGGGUGCUCUGGGGGCGCAGUGCCGGUGGGCUGCCUGCAACAUCUACUCCACUCUCAAUGAAGUGGCCGCUGCGCUAGCAGAAAGUGGAUUUCCCGUCUUUGCCUGGAAAGGAGAGUCGGAAGAUGACUUCUGGUGGUGCAUUGAUAGAUGUGUGAAUGUGGAAGGCUGGCAGCCAAACAUGAUCUUGGAUGAUGGCGGGGAUCUCACUCACUGGAUUUAUAAAAAGUAUCCCAACAUGUUCAAGAAAAUCAAAGGCAUAGUAGAGGAGAGUGUUACUGGAGUUCACAGGCUGUACCAACUGUCCAAAGCUGGGAAGCUGUGUGUUCCAGCCAUGAAUGUCAAUGACUCAGUCACCAAACAGAAAUUUGACAACCUCUACUGUUGCCGUGAAUCAAUUCUCGAUGGACUUAAAAGAACAACAGACAUGAUGUUUGGUGGAAAGCAGGUGGUGGUCUGUGGCUAUGGAGAGGUGGGGAAAGGGUGCUGUGCUGCCCUAAAAGCCAUGGGCUCCAUUGUGUACGUAACUGAGAUUGACCCCAUAUGCGCCCUGCAGGCCUGUAUGGAUGGAUUUCGACUGGUGAAAUUAAAUGAGGUCAUCCGACAAGUGGACAUUGUGAUUACCUGUACAGGUAACAAGAAUGUGGUAACUAGAGAGCACUUGGACCGAAUGAAGAAUAGCUGCAUCGUUUGUAACAUGGGACAUUCCAACACGGAGAUUGACGUGGCGAGUCUGCGGACUCCAGAGCUGACCUGGGAGCGAGUGAGAUCUCAGGUUGACCAUGUGAUAUGGCCCGACGGCAAGAGGAUAGUACUGCUGGCCGAGGGCCGCCUACUGAACCUAAGCUGCUCCACAGUGCCUACAUUUGUGCUCUCAAUCACUGCGACUACUCAGGCUCUCGCCUUGAUAGAGCUCUACAAUGCUCCCGAGGGUCGCUAUAAGCAGGAUGUCUACCUGCUGCCCAAGAAGAUGGAUGAGUAUGUGGCAAGCCUGCACCUCCCUACCUUUGAUGCUCACCUGACAGAGCUGACAGAUGAACAGGCCAAGUACCUGGGACUCAACAAGAACGGGCCUUUCAAGCCUAAUUACUACAGGUAUUAAGUUCCUGUAACUCAAGCCAGAAGUUCUAAGGAAUCAAACUCCAAGCCUUUUCUCCACUACUAUACAAGAAAGAAUUCAGCAAGCUGCUUCUCCAAUCAGAGCUGCCCGCCGUGCUCACCCUGUGUGUUAGGUUAUUUAUUUAUUAAAACCUAGAAUCCUGUGCCUGUAGUCUUGGCCCAGAGUGUGGUUACUGUCCCGAGGGCCAUGAGAGCCACAAAGGACAGGCUGAGGAAGGAGAGAAAUGGGGUGACCGUCCCCAGCGUGUCAUUCGCGUCCUUCCCCUUUGUGAAUCCUCAGCAAUGGCCAUUUUCCUCUUGUCCAGGCUCAGGAGUUAGUCCAGGGACUCCAGACUCCGUGUACCCUGGAGUUUUUCUGGAAUAUAUUUUCAGCAGCUGCCUUUCUCAGCCCUUCCCCAGGUGAGGCCUUUUGGAAGCCACUGAAUUACCAUGACCUGGGUUCUCAGCCUUGGCCAUUACUGUCACUGCCUUCUCCAUAAAGAGGCUGCUGAGAAAGGGGCUUUAUUCAUGGCUUUGGCAAAUGACACCAGGCACUCAGCUGUGCCGUGCCUACUGGGGAUCUUCUUCCUCACCCAGGACUCCUUUUCCUUGAAUAUUUAUGUCCAUUUUAAUACUUUCUGUUUGCAAGAGGAUAUGCUUCCGUUAUUUCCUCCACAGCUCUGGUGUUUGUCAGACAUUUGUUUUGCUGUCAUUCUAACCCAACCAACCUCUGCUCAGGAAGUGGGACCAGCUCCCUUGGGACCCAUAGUUUUACUUCCUUGUCAUUUAACUGGAUGGUUUCUCAGGAAGCCCCUCCAGAUUGGCGCUAUCUCAGAAAAGGAGGGUUUGUUGUGAAACAUGGCUUCCUGAAACAUCCUGCUAUUGCCUACAGCCACUUCUGAAACUGAGUAGGGAAAGGCAUACUUUGCCAAGGAUGCGAGGGUUUAAGGCUUUGGAAAUGGGGCAGGUCUUUCAGGCCCACAGCUUGACAGCCUAAAGAAGCAGAGUAUAUUUAUUUUUUUCUCAGGAAGGCCUUUGCAGCUUGACUGGCUGAGGGAUACAGAGAUGAAACUGUGACCGUGUCCAGAUGCUCAAAACUAGCCUUACUAGUUUGAACCUCAUCAGACAUUCAUCCCUUUGGGUUGCUGUGGAUGAAACCGGAUCUGUAAUCUGAUCUGUGGUCUUUCUUCUCUGCUGGCAUAUCUUUUCUGAUCUGACCUCUUCCAUGUAAGGACUCGUAUUUCAGAGGCAGUUUCUUGAGUAACUCCAACACUACCAAAAAUUAAUGAUGUGAGCAGCAUGAAAUUUCAUGUCCCACCCAAGAACUGGAUUCCUUUUGAAGACUGACUGCUGGUCUCAGUUUCAUUGGGACCAGAUUAGUUCUGAGAGUUGAAGUCUGGAGUGGCCCAAGGAAUCCUGAAAUAAAUGAGAUCCUCUCCCUCUUGCUGACCCUGUUUCACCCUCUCAUGUUUGUCUCCCAUUUUUUUCCCAUUUUUGGUCUGCCUCAAAGUCUCAAAACCAAGGUGACUCAAUGAAACCAGGCUACCCUGAUCACUGUAACUUUUCCAUCCUGAUUCUCCUCCCCUGCCUUCGCCCUCUCCAAUUCGCCCAGUCUUCACCUGUACCCUCAGAACUGGUCUGGAAGUGACCUUUCUUUUAGAAGAAGGGAGGUGGAGCUUGGGUAAAUUGGUGUUUACCUCAUUAAAUAGUAUACAGGCUCAGCCCAUAGACUAGUUCUUCUGAGACCGUAUGUCUCAGCAACAAGAGAAGUGCCCACAACGGCUAUAUUGUUUUUUAUAAGGAAGAUCAUAAAUGCUCAAAUUCCACCAAGCCACUGAAUUCUUCCUUUUGCCUACCUGGUUCUGAUUUUUGUAUUAAUUAAGAGGGUUCCCUAAGAUUCAGACCUUUGCACCUCAUCUUAUAUCCAGAGCAAAUUCCAUUUGGCAGGUAUUUGGACUCCAGCCUAUUAUGCUCUUAGAGAUCAAAAAUCAUAACCUGCUGUUUCUCAGCCAAGCCUUGUACUCUAUGGUGUGUACUACAUGCUGGGCCUCUUAGUACAUGCUGCUGUGCUGGAGUGAAGAGACCCAUUCCAGAUACAGAAGGAGCUACACCUGGCAUCUCAGGUUGCUGGUGUUGCUGCCCUCAGGGAGGUAUUUGCCCCUGAAUUUCAGAUGGCCUCUCUUCCUCUCUCUGGGGGCCCUGUGUCAUCAACCAUUAAGAAGAAGGAGGCCCAGGCCUCUUGAGUAUAUGGGUUCUGUCUUAGUGUUGGAAUCAGUCAUUACUCCCUCUGCUCUUGGAAUUGGAGCAACCUCUCACCUGAGCUGCAUCCUAGCUACCUGGAAGCGUGGGAAAGAAGGCUGAGCAUCUCUGUGUGUGGAUCUGGCCUGUGAGGAUGCAUACCAUUUCUCUACAGUGAAUUUGUGCUAGUUUUCAAGGCCUUUUUUUUGCCUUCUUUUUUCCUUUUUUUUUUCUUUAACAGAGACAGGAGUGUCUCUGUGUUGCCCAGGCUGGUCUCAAACUCCAGGGCACAGGUCCUCCUGCCUCAGCCUCUUGAGUAGCUGGAACCACAGGUGCAUACCACUGCGCCUGGAUUUUUUGCCUUUUUAAUGCAGAUAUUCAGUUUGCUUUUUGUCGUUUAAAAAAAAAAUGUAUCUAGUCCCCCUUCCCUCUGCCCACCCGCCUCUCCAUCCUACCUUCCCGUGUGAGCACGGCUCCCCUUGGCCACAUACUCCUGCAAAGCUUUUUUGCUGCUUGGCUUUUCUCUGAACAAAUCGGACAUUGCUGCUCCUGUGGUUUUCUCAAAAUUAACUUUGUCAUGGUUUUAAAAAAAAGGAAUCAAAAUGCACUUUUGCAUUAAGUUUAUUAAUUAAGGAAAAUUACCGAAGGAAAACAGGCAACACCAGCAAAUCAUGUGUGGACGAGUUCUAAACUCUAUAUACAUACCUAGAAAUAAUCACCUAGUUCUGUCGUCUCACUGAAAGGAGUAAGACCUCCAAGGAUUGCCAGCUCUGAGACGCUCUUGGAAAUCUUUAUGUCUAAGUGAUUGUAUUAGAUCAGCAAUAAUGACUAUGUAAUCUCCAAAAACAAAUAAAAUACUCGUAAAAUAGA